AUGUUUGGAUUUGUAUCUCUUGCUUAUAAUGCAGCAUAAUUGAUUGGAUGGUCAGCAAUAUUGGGGUUGGUGAUAUUGGAAUUAGUGAAUGGCACUGAAAAAACAGGAUAGAUAGUUUGGUUAGUCUAAGUGAUGUAGAUAUCUCAGACCUAUGACUUAAUUUCUAAUAUUGUGGGUUUGACAUCUGGUUCAUUGAUUAGCAAUAUUCUCUAAUUAGGAGGUCGACUUGUGGUGGCAUUAUUGUUUAUGUAUGAGGGAGUAUGCUUUUGCUGUUUGAUCAAUGCAGUAAUUGCCUGGUCUUUGGCUGAAAUCAUUAGAUUCUCUUAUUACUUAUUCAAGAAUAAUUCAUUGUUCAAGACUCUUCGAUACAAUGCUUUCAUGGUCUUAUAUCCAAUAGGAAUUUUGGGAGAAUUGAGAACUGUGAAUCAAUCCUUGGCUGUUUAUGGUGAUAUCUAAAUUAGAGGAUUGUAAACCAUUUUGAUUUUGGGAGGAUUCUUCAUGUAUGCCUAGAUGUUGAACGCCAAGAGCAAACACACCAAGUAGACUGCAGUGGAUCAGAAGUAGAAUGUGAAACAGAGAUCGAAUAGUCCAGUCAAUAGACCAAAGAGAGAAUGAGUAGUAUUUAUAAAGGGAUAUUUUAUGUGAUACUUAUUA